UCUCUUUAAACCCUAGUUCAUCGCUGCCCGACGGAGGAGUUCCGCGCACAGCGAGAAGCUAGAAUCUCCGCCGAUCCUGUUUAGGACGCCGGAAGUCUACCGUGAUCGAACGAGCAAACCGCCGCCGAUCUUCGUUGAGGAAUUAAGACCUUAACAGUGAAGCAACAUGGCUUGUUAUAUUUCGUGGUAAUUGAAUUUUGUUGGAGGCAUUAUUCAAUACGCUGAUGUGGAUCAAUAAGGAGCACGUGUUUCAUCCGAGCUGACUUGCUGAGGCGUGGAGGAGAGGUCACCACCACCUUGAAGGGCAUGUUAGUUGUUUGAUUGUUCAUGGGCUUGGAUCAGUGAUCCUAAGCAUUUAUCCUUUCUGCAUAUCGUUUCUUUGUUGCUCUGUUGAUUCAUAACAACAUAGUUUGAGCUCAUCUUUUGCUUGUUAUAUGUGAUAGCAAAACUCUAUUAUCAUUCGGUAUUGUCUUAAUAUUUGACUGCUAUAAUAUUUCAGACUUAGAAUUAUUCUGUCGAGGAACCUUUCUUUGGAUUGAAUUGAUAUGUGAAAUUUCGGUGUUUUUUCAUGGAGAAUUUGAAGACCACAAUGUGACUAGCCAGAGAGUUUUCUGUUGUCUGUUUCUAUGCAUAAUACUACAAGUUCGAUGUAAUCCCUCAGUUGAGCAUGUUUAUGUGUUGUUUCCUUUAAUUCUAUGGUCAUGGCCUUGCCGGCUAUGUGUUGUCGUGUAAAAUGGUUGGUUGAUCCCUCUCUAAACACUUUCUUUCAAUCUUUUGUUUGACUUUGCUCGGUCUUUUCUUUUUCAACACUUUAACAGAACUUUCUUAAGAGCAAACAAUGUCUUAAGUGUGUGAAUAGGGAGUCAUUUGUUGUUGUGUUAUUUUUCAUCUUUUUUGCCAUUUUACUUAGACAUUUACAAGAGAUUUUCUCAAUGAGCUUCACCCUGAUUCUCGCCGCUGCCCCUUUGGCCGGCUUAGCAACUGUGCGAACAUCAUCAUCAGGAUGUCAUCGUGCCUCAGCUAUAUCUCCGGCAACUCCUCCGCUCCCUCAUCUGGCUUCUGCUUGCACGUGUUUUUUGUUUUCUUGCUAUGCGCAGCUGGCUCUCCUGGCUCAGCACCUGGCUCUCCUGGCUCAGCACCGCAGUCUCCCAACACGAGCUCAGAUUAGAUGGCGACUUCAAGUUCUACUGGACAUUUAUUGUAUGGACCUGAAGACCCGUCCGUCUUAAAUAUGCAAAAAAAUCACAAUUCAAAUAAACUGAUGAAAGAGGGAACAACCCAAGUAUUUAAAGUCCGAAGGACUGAAAGUAAGACUUGGGACGUCGAAAUUCACGAGAAUGUAAGAUAUUGGCUUGACGUCUUUGGUUUCAAAGGCGUGCUCGAUUGUGGGAAGCCAAUGAAGGUCGACAAUGAGCUGAUCACGGCGUUGAUUGAGCGUUGGAGGCCGGAGACACACACAUUCCAUCUACCGAUCGGUGAGACGACGAUCACCUUGGAAGAUGUGCAAGCCAUCUGGGGCUUGAGGGCGGAUGGUCUCGUUUUCACGGGGCGUGACUAUCAUGACAACUUUCCAGAUUGGACCAGCAAGUGCCGCGAUCUGUUGGGAUGGAUACCAGAUUCUUCCACAGAGACAAAGCAAGGCGGUUUGCUGAUGACCGCGCUCAUCAACCAGACAAGGAUGCCACUGGGUGAUGACCUACCUACGUUUGUUUACAUCCAAAGGGCACGUAUCCAUGCUCUAAUUUUAUUAGGAGGUCUCAUUCUACCGGACACCACGGGGUGUAAGGUGCCAUUUAUGUGGUUGAAUGGGCUUGGGGAUCCGGAAGAGGUGAAGAAUAUUAGUUGGGGAAGUGCGGCAUUGGCCUACCUUUAUCAUUAUCUGUGCGAGGCUUCCAUGGAUAAGAGAAAAGAGUUGGGCCGGCCUAUGAUCCUUCUGCAGCUAUGGGCGUGGGAAAGAAUGCCCACAUUGAGGCCUGCGUUCAUAGGACCAGUUGUGCACGAGCCAUAUACACCAUGUGGCGCCAGAGGAACAACGCAGAUAGGAAAUGCUCCUAGACACUCGGUUGAGCAUUACCGUGACCAAUUAUCUCUGAUUAGACCUGGCCAGUUUAUUUGGACGUCGUACGCACCUUACACACUGCCUGACUACUGCAAUGAUGUGAAUGGAUGCUCUCUGUGCGAAACGUACUUGGUAUGUUGGGCCUAUGUCGAGGCCCAUGAGCCUGGAAGAGUGCGCCGACAGUUCAAUCGGUACCAGGAUAUACCUCAGUAUGUAGACAAGAUGCUAAGGAACGCCGAUCAUUUGGGCAAAAAUGAUCGGCGUGGCAAGAAGGGCAACAACUGGGCAAACACACAUCAGUUCUACAUUGGGGAGUGGGACAUGAGGUACGAAAGGUUCCAAGCUGCCGAAUAUGCCGCGCCGAUGUCCAUGAAUAUUCCCAUGAACCCGGGGUAUAUGGCGUGGUAUAACAUGAUUACCGUGACGUACAUGACUCAGCCUGGGACACGGGCCACUGCUGGGAUGAACGAGUCGGCUGCUUCGAUGAGACUAUUUGUUGAGGGUUUUCAGCAGGUUUUCCAUUUAACUACGGAAGACGAAAUUGACCCACGAGUGCGCCAGAUUCGAGAAAUUGUUAUGAAUGUACUCGAAUCUACGAACAACGCUGAUGUCAUGGAGUACCCCGCUUCUCAACAUCAGGAUGUGGUCAUGCCUUAUCAACCAGAAGUAGUGCCACGGCGUCAUGAACUGGGGGACACGGCUACACAAAGCAGUUUAGGAUGUCCCAGCCGUUGCCCGAUUAUGUAGCACCAGAGCCGCAGUAUCAAGAGCAGGACCCACCCCAGUGGUAUUCAUACCCGGCGCAUGAGUCUCAGUCAUAGUGGGAGCGUCCCCAGUAUUCUCCUAGCCAGCCUGAGCCCGAUUGGACUCGUCGCCCAUAUUCACAAAGCCAAGACGUACCGCAAUGGAGUGGAGCCCGAGCAUCGGUCGAUUCAUUCUUCCAGAAUUAUCAGAUCGUGCCUCCUGUCCAAGCUGAAGAAGAGGAUGAUGAUGAAGGAGAAGAAGAAAAUGACAACAUAGAGGAUGCAAAUGAGGAAGAAGACGUUCAAAGCAUCCGUCUCCAACAUCAACCAGCUGCGGAGGGUUCAUCGCGCGGUGGGGUUGGGAAGCUGAUGAGCAAAGUGUACAAGCGAUUGUCCUCUAGGAAGAAUAAGGGGAUUGAACCGUCAAAAUACACUCCAUCGUUGUAUAAGUAGCAAUUGUUCAGGAAGUCAGGCAGUGAAGAAUGAUCGUGGAAUUGUCC